UUAGUUUUUUUUAAAAAGGGCAAUAGAUUUCAAUAGAUCUCCAAAAUGUACAAAUGGCUAAUAAGCACAAGAAGUUCAACAUCAUUAGGCAGUAGGAAAAGCAAAUCAAAAUCAUAAUGAGAUACCAUGUCACAUCUGCUAGGAUGGCUGUAAUAAUUUUGUUUAAAAAGUAACGGAAUCCGGUGUGACAACCUCCCCACGUCAAUAUGCCUCUCACUAAGGAUCUCCUUCACCCCUCUCCGGAAGAGAAGAGGAAACACAAGAAGAAGGGCCUGGUGCAGAGCCCCAAUUCCUACUUCAUGGAUGUGAAAUGCCCAGGAUGCUAUAAAAUCACCACCGCCUUUAGCCACGCACAAACAGUAGUUUUUUGUGUUGAUUGCUCCACUGUUCUCAGUCAGCCAACAGAAGGAAAAGCAAGGCUUACAGAAGGAUGCUCCUUCAGAAGGAAGCAGCACUAAAAGCACCUCCAAUUAAGAUGAGCAGGGAACCAUCCCAAUAAACACAUUUUGGAUACAAA